CGUAAAUCAUGCUUGUCUUCCCACUUCCAUCAUUGUUUCCAGUAACGGGGGGAUUAGUGGAAGUUGGCUUGCACGUUUGCCUGGAGUCCUGUAAUGCAAGCCUGGCUUGAAGGCCACCUGCUAGUGAGCAUUAAGAUAGACAAACACGGGGCGUAAGGGAAUAUUUUGAAGCAAAGCAAAGAUGCCUCAGCUUUUACGGGCAAUUCGCCCGAUGUUCAAGACAGACCGCUGGCGGAUAUGCCGUGAUGAUAUUGUUUAUAUUUUGAGUGGCCCAGAUAAGGGAAAGACGGGUAGAGUUCUUGAGGUGUUCAAGGAUCCGCGUCUUCCUCGGGUCAUCGUUGAGGGUCGAAACAUGCGAAAGAAAAAAAUCCGGACGGGGCCAGGCGAUGAUGACUACUUUGUCGUUACGAUGGAGGCUCCUCUCCACUAUAGCCAAGUCCAGGUGGCAGACCCGGAAACGGGCCUACCCACACGAGUAAUCUUCAUGUUUACCCCCGACGGCAAGCGGGUGAGGCAGCUCCUCCUUGCUUACGAUCUCCCCACCCUCGCCCCAGGGGAACACACCCCGUCGGCAGCUCCGUCGUCCCUCGCCCUGAAAGCUCCAAGCCAUGCCCCUGCUUCAGGUCCGAGCUCGCAAGGUGCCCAACCCCACCGUCAACGACAUCAUCCCCACACCACCCGAGGAUCCCGAUCCUCGGGCCGGACUGGUCGGCUCCAAGGACACAUCCGGGGAGUUGGCUCGCCGAGGCAGCUACGUGCCCUCCGCGGGCUUCCCCCUCCGCAUCCGCAACCUGGAACGAAUAUGGGCGGGUCUUCACCCGGAUACCCCCUCCGCGUCCUUACCACAGCCAGACACCGAAGAGGAGGCGGAGGGAAGGGGGCGGGGGGCGCAGGCGGGCAUCGGCGGCGCCCGUCAUCGCGACCUGCCGUCGAUGGGCAGCAGCCGCGUACUCUUCCCUGGGGCGAUUGCGACAUCGCCACCUGCCGCAUCAAGGGGCGUUUGUACGGCAGCGACGGUGGCUGCGGCGGCAGCGGGCUCAGCAGCAGGGGGGAAAGGGCUUGGUUGCGAGGAGGUAGAGGAGGCGGCGGAGGAGGAGGCGUGGUGGAGCGGUGGGGCGGGACUGGGACGAAUGACGUCGCCGUCGCCGUCGCUGGCAUCAUCUUCCUUCGCAGUGUCGGGGCUGCGACAACAGCUGUGUAGACUGGGGCCAGGCCAGGGGUGAGGACCGAAGGCAGGGCCAGGGGCCGGUUCCUCCAGCUGUAUUUGCCGCGUGGGGUGUAGCUGCUGCGUCUCCUGUAGCCGUCUGUGGAACACAUGUAUGUGUCGUACAUGGCAUGUGUCGGACGCCAGGGUGGCUAAGGGAGGAACGAGACUCGGAUUUUGUGUUGCGGGUUACGAAAACCCUAAGUUCCAGAUGUAACACGGGUGCGGCGUCGUCCGUAAGGCGCCCGAAUGGAGGCCUGCACAUGCGGCGGGCUGAUUGUCGUGGCCCUCUCGCAUCACCAUCAUCACCAUCAUUACGAUCAGCACCAUCAUCAUGUUGGGUGAGGAAAGCGCGACUUGGGGAAGAGGGGUGCGGCGGCGGAUGGUGGUGCGAGGAGGGUGCGACUUGGUCGGAGAUUUCAAGCUUUUGACCAGACAGCUUUUGCGUCUACGCUUUGCUUGUUCUCGUGGCUGCAUAAGAAGAGGUCUUCUUCGCCUUGAAAAUCUUUGUGAAAAUGUUUGAAGCGUGGAAAGCCACAUAUGCUGCUCUGCGGGUAUUUGUGACGAUCCUUGUUUUACUCUUUUGCGGGGUGCGUAAUAGGUAGAACUGGCUGGCGAGCGCGCAAUACAACAUCAACAGUACCCGUAAAACUGAAGACCUCGGGAAUGUGUACUAGAGCCUCCCCUAUGGGGGCGCUCUUCCUGUUUUGCAGUGACCCAUAAUAGCCGCUCCGGUUUAAAAAGUAAUAGGUGACAG